AUGGGGGCGGCCGCCUCGCUCGUCGAGCGCGCGUGGCGCGUCCGGCGCGGCCGCGACGACUUGCUCGUGCUGACGCGCGCCGAGGUGGCCGAGGACGAGGCGUGCCUCGCGGCCCAGCGCGCGGCGAUCCGCUACUGCCGCGAGCACAUCUACUACGGCGCGCCGGUCCGCGUCAGCGCGGUCCGAUCGGCGGCGCACCACCUACCGACGGCGCUCGUGUCGCUCGACAGCGCGCGUGCAGCCCCCGGCGCCGCGCAGGACGGGCCCCGGGGCGGCGCGGCGGCCGUCGCUGGGUACCCUGAGGCCUGUGUCGUCUCGCCAGCCGGCGACAUCGUCGUUGCGCGCCGCGGCGGCGCCCCCGGUCGCCGGGUCAUCCGCGCGGCGACGCUCGCGGCGGCGACAGACCCGCCCGCGCCGCCGGUGCUACGGCCGGCGGCCGGCGGAGGCGGCGGUGCCGCGCUCGGCGUCGCGUGGGCGGCGCCCGGCGGCGCCGACGCGGCGGCGGUCGUGGACCGCUACGAGGUGCAGCACCGGGGCGCGGCCGGCGGCGGCGGCGGGGGCACGUCGCCGGUCGGCUGGCGCGCGCUCGGUGCCGUCGAACCGCAGCGCGGCGACGCGCACGAGGCGUGGGCGCGCGGCGUGGCGCCCGGCGCGACGGUCGAGUUCCGCGCGCGCGCGCGCAACCACCGCGGCUGGUCGCAGUGGUCGCGUGCGGUGACGCUGCGCGCGGCGCCGGCACCGCCCGACGCGCCCGGACGGCCCGCCGCCGGGAACCUGCGGCCCGACGCCGUCGGCCUCUUCUGGCGCGCGCCGCGCCGCGACGGCGGCGCGCCCGUGACGCGCUACGUGCUCCGCGCGCGCCGCACGGACCCGGCCGGCGCGUGGCGCGUCGUCUACGACGGACCGCGCGCGGCGCGGCUGGUGGACGGCCUCGCCGCCGGCACGCGCUACGAGUUCAGCGUCUCGGCGGCGAACGGCGCGGGCGCGUCGGGACCCUCGCCGCCGGCGCUCGUGCGCACACCGUCGGCGCCGCGCGCCGCGGACGGCGACGCGGGGGGCUCCGCGAACGCGGCGCUGCUUCGCGAGGGCGACCACUGGCGCGAGUACUGGGACGCCGGGCGCGAGCGCGUCUUCUACUUCCACCGUGCGACCGGCGAGCGCCGGGACGACGCGCCGCCGGAGUUCGCCGCCGCCGCGGACGCGCAGGAGCGCGAGGCGCGCUUCCGCGCGCGCCGGCGCGCGCUGCGCGACGCGAUCCGGGACGUCCCGGAGCGCGGCGCGGAGCCGCUCCGCGUCCGCAGGGACCGGCUCGUCGCCGACUCGCUCGCCGCGCUGCUCCGCGCGCCGGCGUCGGCGCUGCGCCGGCGGCUGCGCGUCGAGUUCGUCGGCGAGGCCGGCGUCGACGCGGGCGGCCUCGCGCGCGACUGGUGCCUCGCGCUCUCGCGCGCGCUCGCCGACCCCGGGGCCGGCCUCUUCGCGCGGACGGCGCGCGGCGAGCUCGAGCUCGUCGCCGCGCCGGCGGGCGCGGCGGACGCGAAACGCGCGGACGCGUUCCGCGCGGUCGGGCGGCUGGUGGCGGCGGCCGUCGCCGCGCAGCUGUGCCUCGACCUCCCGCUCGCGGCGCCCGUCCUGGACGCGCUCCGCGGCGUCGGCGACGACGGCGAGGGGGGCGCCGACGACGCGGCGCUCGCCGCCGCGCUCGCCGACGUCGACGCCGUCGACGCGCCGUUCGCGCGGUCGCUGCGCUGGAUCCUGGGGGCCGACCUCGGGGCGGACGGCGGCGCGCUCGGCGAGCGCUACUUCACGGCGACGGCGCCCGGCGGCGCCGAGGUCGAGCUGCGCGCGGGCGGCGCGCGCGAGCGCGUGCACGACGGCAACAAGCGCACGUACGCGCUGCUCGUCGCGCGGUGGCGCGCGCGCGGCGCGUGCGCGAUGGAGCUCGACGCGCUGCUGCGCGGCGCCGCCGAGGCCGGCCUCGCGCCCGGGGCCCUCGCGGCGUUCAGCGGGGGCGAGGUCCGCACCCUGAUCUGCGGCCGCGGCGGCGGCGUCGACGUCGACGAGCUCCGCGCGCACGCGCAGUACACGGAGGACGCGCGCACGGGCUUCGGACACGACCACGUCGUCGCGCUCUGGUUCUGGCAGGCCAUGGCGGACCUGGGCGCGGCGGGCGUCGCGCGCGUCCUCGCCUUCGCGACGGGCUCGGAUCGCAUCCCCGUCGACGGCUUCCGGCCGCCGCUCACGCUCACGCACGACGCCGCGCGCACCGACGCGCUCCCGGUCGCGCACACGUGCUUCAACCAGAUCAUCCUCUCGCGCGCCUCGUCGUACGCCGCGGCGGCGCGCCAGCUCCGGUGCGCGGUCGACAACUGCGCGUCCUUCGAGCUCUCCUAA